AUGAAGAGCUCACACGAGACGGGCCUUUGGGACAAAUGGCAGGACGCGUCGUCCAAAUACGCGUACAAAGUGUAUGUUAAACAGGAUUAUGUAUUUCCCGACGACUCACCCCGUAAUUACAUGGAUUUGGACAAGAUGAAGAUCGCCCUUGUUCAAACAAUGUCGUUGAUGGGGGAUUUGAUACCGACUACAACUAACUUUGCCUGCGAUAUGCAAAUACAGGAUCACCACAAUAUUGCUCAUUAUUUUGACUAUAAUUUUAUACCGAGAGGCAAUUUUACGUUUGUUUGGAUACAGAAUACCAAAGAGUCGGAUACACAGGCCUUAUGUGCAGCGCAACUGUUUAUUGUUAAAGAACUGGUCAGACGUACACAAUAUGGUGCAAUACCAUUGCAAAUGGAAAACCGAGGUUAUUUGAAUAUAUCAGGCCAUGAGAUUGACUCCGAACUCACUUAUCUUUAUUCAAGGGAAGCCGACAUAUCCCUGGAUGAAUUUCAACUCAACUCAUAUAUUGCAUCUUUUGCUUACGCGAUCACUCCAUAUAACAGUCCUGCCAUGGUCAUUUUAAGCGGCAUUUACCCCAAUACAGACACUAGCACGCAUUUUGGCAUGUUUAAAAGAAAGGCUACAGCUAUUGAGACCAGAAUCAUAAACAAAGCUCUGGCUAAAUAUGACAGUAAUUACAUCGACUCUACGAUCACAAACUUUUUGUCCGAAUUUGAUGUAGUGAUGGCUGACAUCCGGGACCGGAGGACACAUGUGCUCAUCUGCUCAUCACAAGUGAUGGACCUAAUUAUGGGACAGACGUCGACAUAUGGGCGCACUGUUCACGUGGCAAAUGCCAAAUACUUUGAUCAGCCAAACGCUUAUACUAUACACAAGGACUCGGAUCCGGUGCUAAUCAAAGCAUUCGUUGAAAUAGUGGUAAGCUUAAGGGAAUGCGGUUUAUUAAACAAGUGGUUACAGGCGGCCGCCGUGUUUGCCUACGAUGCCUAUGUGGACAAAACAAAAGAGGCAGAUAUAGCACCGGACAGAUUUCAAUUGACACCAGCCAUACAUGCAUUCGCUCGCGUCAUAACCGUAUACAACGCGCCGGCGAUUGUGGUGUUGGGCGGCCACUACCCCAACACCGACUCAUCGCCACAUUUGGGCAUUUUUAAGCUCUUUGACGUUAAUCAAAAAGCGACAGACAUUGAGACCAGGAUUAUAAACAAAGGGCUGUCAAAACCUGAUGACAAUUACAUUGAUUUUUCAUUUACACAAAUGUUGUCUGAAAUCAAUGCAGUGAUGGCUAAGAUCCGGGACAGGAAGUCACAUGUGCUGAUCACCACCGAUGGCAAUAUGCAACUCGUUAUGGGACAGACGUCUACAUACGGGCGCACUGUUCACGUGGCGAAAGCCAAAUACUUUGAUCAGUCCAUCGGCUAUAUUGUUCAUAAGGAUUGCGAUCCCAUUAUUGCUAAAGCAUUUACCAAAAUGUAA